AUAUGAUUUAUAUUAGAGUUCACAAAUGCAUUGCGUAUUUGAAGUUGGAGUUUGGUGGAUGUAAACGUAUUCUUAGCCUGGAGAUUUGUGGUCAGUAUUGCCCAUCAUCUUAAACGUGCAAUUUGAGUUGCUGAGGAGCGCGCGCCGAGGAUCAUCAGGGUGGAUAUGCGUUCCCUCUUGUGAGAUAUCAGUGAAUUGGCUGUACUGGGGAGUCUCUGAGAUGUGUAUAGAGCCAGAGCGCAAAGAGAGGAGUCGAUGAUUGCUGUGGAUGAAAACUGACAGGUGUAGCUUGUUGAACAAACGGCUCUCGAGAUGCGAUGAGAAGUCGGGACACGAAACAUUUGGAACUAUAAGAAUACUAUAGCGUAUGCUAUGACAUUUUGCAUUUGAUUGAAGAGUCACAGAUCGAGGAAGGAUGUGUUCGUGGUGAACAAGGCUUUAACGCUUCUAUGUGGUCCUCAUAGGCUACUUCUAUGAGGAGACCUGCUGGAUUUCCCACCUGACGCGCAGUAGUAGUUCCUACAUCAAACAUACAGUAGCCGAUGAAAAUCGAUAGAAGAAUCUAUCAGAAGACAAAGAUAAACCUGGCGACUUUAUCAUUAUUCGCCUCAUCCACCUGACGAAUUCAUAUGCGAGCAUCUCCGAGAUCCAAUCCAACGACAAUCAAUACAGAGGCAAAGAGAAAUAAGAAUAUUGAAAUCCGCACUGGGUUGUGAGUUGAAAUCUAAUCAGUUCCCUGGGGGGUUGCAGAGUAGCAAGGAACUGAAGAGGGAGAAAAAAGUUCUAGCUAAAAGUGUGACACCGGAAUGACAACCAUCAGCCACUUCAUGUUUGCUCAAUAUGUGGAUGAGCCGUAGAUUAUGACGAGGUUUCAGGAUGUUAUCAAUCUGCGGGUCCACGGCUGCGUGAGACUGUGUCGUUAGAAGUCUGGCUCUGAAGAGGUUGGUUGGUUGUUUUAUUGAAAAUUAAAACAUGAAGGAUGGAUCUGGGAAGAGUUCCGAUUUCUCCUAAAUUCCUAACUGAUAAACGAAAUGUCACCGGACUGUGACACAUAUAACAUUUUUGCCUUGUUAUCACUCUACAUUUAACCAUUAGUUUCAACGGUGGCACUUGUGGGUGCCUUCGUAUAUUUGCGUCUUGAAACAUUUGAAUGGGGGAUGGAUAAAUUGACUCUUUCGUCGUUGUGCAAGUCCUAACACCUAACCGAUUGAUUCUAAUUGAUGGAUUAAACGCUACAUCGUUUACAAUGUGGGGACCGGAUAAACUGUGUGAAAGUAUCACCACGGAGUGUAGGUUUCAGGAUGCUUGAGAAUUGCGGAUGUAGCCUAUUUUCGAUGCAGUUUUCGAGGGCAAGGAGCUGAGGAGGGAACUGUCGUUGUUUGAAUCAGAUCUGCUAACAUCAGCAUCUUUGGUGACAAGGUGAGCCAGCAGCCGAAAACGAGCAAACUUGAGGAUGGGGAGAAACCAGAGGGAUUGCGAAUGAGUUGGCAGCCAACUCCAUCACCGCCUCUUCCCGAAAAGUGGACGACCCAGCCAAUGAAUUAUGAAUGUUGAACAAGAUGACCUCUUCUCGGCAGCAGCAGACGAUGAGAGGUCCUAGGUGGAACCGGGCCCUGUCCGACCCUUUGUUUGUGCUGCUUCUAGCCCUCCAGCUCCUGGCGGUGGCGGGCCUGGUGCGCGCUCAGACCUGCCCCUCUGUCUGCUCCUGCAGCAACCAGUUCAGCAAGGUGAUCUGCACGCGGCGGGGGCUCCGUGAGGUCCCAGACGGCAUAUCCACCAACACACGCUACCUGAACCUGCAGGAGAACCUCAUCCAGGUGAUCAAGGUGGACAGCUUCAAGCACCUACGGCACCUGGAGAUCCUGCAGCUGAGCAAGAACCACAUCCGAAACAUUGAGAUUGGGGCCUUCAACGGCCUGGCUAGUCUCAACACUCUGGAGCUGUUUGACAACCGCCUCACCACAAUCCCCAAUGGGGCCUUUGAGUACCUCUCCAAGCUCAAGGAGCUGUGGCUGAGGAACAACCCCAUCGAGAGCAUUCCCUCGUAUGCGUUCAACAGGGUGCCCUCGCUACGGCGGCUGGAUUUAGGGGAACUCAAACGCCUCUCGUAUAUCUCAGAGGGGGCUUUCGAGGGCCUCGGCAACCUGCGCUACCUGAACCUGGGCAUGUGCAAUCUGAAGGAGAUCCCCAACCUCAUCCCACUGGUCAAGCUGGACGAGCUAGAGAUGUCAGGGAACCAGCUGACGGUCAUCAGACCUGGCUCCUUCAAAGGGUUGAUCCAUCUGCAGAAGCUGUGGAUGAUGCAUGCCCAGAUCAAAACCAUUGAAAGGAACUCAUUUGAUGACCUGCAGUCGCUGGUGGAGCUCAACCUGGCCCACAAUAACCUCACCCUGCUGCCCCAUGAUCUCUUCACCCCCCUGCACCACCUGGAGAGAGUCCACCUCCAUCACAACCCCUGGAACUGCAACUGUGACAUCCUGUGGCUCAGCUGGUGGCUCAAAGAGAUGGUGCCGGCCAACACCAGCUGCUGUGCCCGCUGCAGUUCCCCAGCCAGCCACAAGGGACGCUACAUAGGUGAGCUGGACCAGAACUAUUUCCACUGUUACGCACCUGUAAUUGUGGAACCACCAGCGGACCUGAACGUGACAGAGGGUAUGGCUGCAGAGCUGAAGUGUAGGGCCAGCUCUCUGACCUCAGUCAGUUGGAUUACGCCCAAUGGCUCCAUCAUGACCCACGGUGCAUACAAGAUCCGCAUUUCUGUGCUCAACGACGGCACGCUCAACUUCACCAAUGUCACCAUGCAAGACACGGGAACCUACACCUGCAUGGUAAGCAACUCAGCAGGCAAUACCACAGCAUCUGCCACUCUCAACGUGUCUUCCACAGAGAACGUUCUCAGCUACUUUACCACAGUAACAGUGGAGACCAUCGAGCCAGUGCACGACGAGGGGCGCUCCACCGUGUGGCAGAAGGUGGGCCCCACCCCCUCCGCCGGAUCCUGGGAGACUGUGUCGUCCACCUCCACCACCACCACAACGGCCCGGACGCCCCUCUCCACCCGGGCCACAGAGAAGACCUUUACCAUCCCUGUCACGGACCUGAACGACAGCUCCAUGACCGGCCUGGAUGAGGUGAUGAAGACCACCAAAAUCAUCAUCGGCUGCUUCGUGGCCAUCACCCUCAUGGCCGCCGUUAUGCUAAUCAUCUUCUACAAGAUGAGGAAGCAGCACCACCAGCAGAACCACCAUGCGCCACAGCGCACCAUUGAGAUCAUCAAUGUAGACGAGGACUGUGUGACAGGCGGGCCGGCCAUGGAGGGCCACCUGAAUCUGCCCCCGCUGGAGCAUGAGCACCUGAACCACUACAACACCUAUAAGUCUGCGUACAACCACGUCUCCACUAUCAACUCCAUACACAGCUCGGCGCACGAACCUUUGUUAAUCCGGGCCAGUUCGAAAGACAAUGUACAAGAGACUCAGAUCUAACCAUUUUUUCAUAAUGAGACGAACUGAUGAAAUUACAAAAGGGACAUUAUUGGAUAUUAGUUAUAAGGAUUAUGGAUGUGAAGUGGAGGACUUGACUGACUAUUUGUCCAACGAAUCAGUGGUUGAUGAUGUUUAUUCAAUGACAUUGGGAACUAGGGUAUGUCUAAUGUUUCAAAAAAUGUCUUUACAAAAAAGAAGUUAUUUAUUUAAGAAAAAAAUCUAUUGUGACUAAAUCAAGAAAAAACUGUAUUCUGCAAUUAUUUUUUCAGAACUUAUUUCAUCAGAUGUUUAGUUUUCUUAAUUUGAGGGAGGAUGGUUUACUAAUAUGCUUACAAACUCUAUGUGAAUCUCAAAUUAACCAUGUUCUGGUUUCCCCCAAUCUGUAAGUGAUGGCAAGUUGGCAACCUCUUUUUACCCCACAUACUUAGAUCAUUUCUAGAUCACAUUAGAGAUUUCCUCCUGCCACAAAUUAAUUGAUUAAAUAUAUUGUGAAAAUCUGUUAAUUUAGAUGGAUUAAAAGCUUGGUCGUUAUCUGAGGGUGAAUGCUGGGACUGUAAGUGAUGAAAUCUGAUAACACAAUAUUUCAUUAAAUCUGCCACUCAAAUUAGAUACAGACGUACCCUUGGCUCUGCCAUCAAUAGAUUAGGGACGUUAAAUGAGGGAAGUGUGAUCCAAACUAUACCAUGGCCAACUGUUAGCAACAAAUGCUUCAUAGUUAUCUCACUGUGUGUAUUACGCCAGAAAAUUACGUUUCACACAGUGUUUGUCUCAUUUACACGUUGUGUAUUCAUACCAUUUGUGAUUCCUUCUCUAUUCCACUUGCUCUGAUCCAUCAUAACUUUGUGAGUCAUGGAGAUCGCAUUGGCAAAUACAGUCAGGCAUAUGAGAGCUCCCUGAAUGUCAUACCACCUUUUCCCAUCCCACACCAGCUGUUAUGAUGGUUUACCAUAUCAUCACAGAUAUGGGUGCUAUUCCAGAUCAUCUUAUCUGCAGUCUCAUUGCAAAUCGCUGAAAAUUGCUAUAUGAUAUUAAUGUGGUUCCUGACACAAAUACUUGUCCAGGUGUUAAGAGAAAUAUUGAUUUGUGUGACUUGAUUUAAAAAAAGAGCCCUGGAACACCACCAAGGAUACUGAUAACUCUCCUGUGUUAACUCUCUAUGACCCCUGACUUAAACCAGGGCAGCAAGGAGCAGACUGGUGAGUGGGAACUGGGGCUAAGGACACCGAACAUAGCUGUCCUAGCACAUUGCCUAUCUAUUGUCUGUUCAAACAUUGGGCACAUAGGCACGACAGGCCCAGAUUCACACCGUGCCCCUGCCAAGCUCAGGACGAGGGAUAGAGGACAGAAUGCCAGGGUUCAUGCAGAGAGAGAGAGAGAGAGAGAGAGAGAGAGAGAGAGAGAGGAUUUAGGGAUGAGGUGUGUGGCUUCGAGCAGAUGUUCAGGUCACACCUGCAUCUCUCUGCCUCAACCAUUACACCAUUUCUAUUUUAAUCGACAUACCCUCAGGGCUUUGGGUGGACAGUGCUUCACAGGCACCUGCUCCCUGGAAAAACAUUAAAAAUGCCCCACAGUAAAAAACUGGUGCCAUAAAUAAAGAGGCCAAGCAAAUACCCUUCACAUCCAAGGCUUAGCCACAUACCCCAGGAGUCUUUUUUAUAGAUUGUGCAUCAAUCUAAUUUACUAAACCAAAAAAUCCCCAUCAAAAUCCAUCAGUUUAAGCUAGAGAUAUCAGUUUUUUGUGUCUGAAGCGUCCGAACGGUUUGACUAAUUUAACCACUCUAUGGAAAGUGGAUACCCCAACAAAUGUCACGGAACUCAUCUGAAGGUAACCGGUUUGAGAAACGAAUGGAAGUAUUAAAAUAGUUUUUUUCCUACACAAAAAAGGGGUUCAAUAUGUGUAAAAAAUAUAUAUAUUCAGUACAUAUAUUUCCUGAGUUUAAAAAAAUGAUCGACGAGAUUUAGGACAUACACUUUAAACCCUUGUUGAAUGUGUUAUUCAAUGCGUUUCUAUAGGCCCAAAUCAAUAUUUUAUUAAAUCGUUUUUUAAAUAUAUUUAUUUUCUAAAGUGGUCCUAAAAUUCUAAAUCAAAUAGCGAAAUGCUCCAUAGUAUGACCAUCUUAAAACAAUUCCAUUUGUCAGCAUAGCACCCCCCCUGCUUUUCUUUUUGGUCUCCACUCCCUCCAUAAUGUUAAACAUCUAAGAAAGGUUAUGCAACAGUGCUUUUUCUUUUUCGGGUCCAUUUUGUUUCUGAGAAAUAAAUGAUUGUGUUCUAUUUUAAAUUCUCCAGAAGAAUGAGGGUACACAGAUGUCAUCUAGUUAUUUUCUGGGAGGAAGCACUAUUAAUGAUAUGAUGUCAAAUACAGGAGUGGGCUGAUUCAGUCACCAUGGAAACCAUGACCUUAAGCAGAAAGGCAUGCGCUAUCAGAGCUCCCAUUGGCUAGCUAGAUGCUUUAACAUUAUUCAGAGUCAAUUGAAAAUGGUAUGUCUGUGGAUAGUGUUAUUUGAAAUGCACCUCAACUAUGAAACAAUAUGCUUACAGUGAUGUAGUAGCAUUUCAUUCCCUUGCACUUGACCAGUGUAUAGUAUUAAACAGCAGAGUAUGGAGGUUGUCACGGAUUAUAAUGAUAUAAGCGUCACCCUUGUUGCUUUUCCACUUAAACCCAGACAGUAAAGGAUGCAGAAUCGGGGAAUAGACAAAUCCCGUCAUCAGUUUUAAACGUCACUUCUACUGUAUACUUGGACAGAAAGACUAAAUCCUCAAAGAUGAAUGAAUAACUUAUUUUAAUGUCUUGUGGCACGUUAUGACCUAAUUAUAAUUCAGGUAACUCCAUUUUACAUGAGCUUCUUCAACACAGUUUUAGUCAACAUGAAACAAACAUGUUCAUCAGUGUGGCAUCUCUGCCAAUACAAUAACUAAAGAUGUUUACAUGGAGUUUAGCACAGACGUAAACCAUCUGUUGUGAGUCAUUGACGAUGUGUUUGGGGUGAUCAUGGUGGGAUCUGGAUCUCAAAUUUUUAAGUAAGAGAGUUUGUCCAUCAUCCCUUCUCUUUCAUUUGGUUGGUAAAUGAUUUGGAGACUUUUAUGGUGCAUUUAUUGCAAUUUAGUAAAUCUAUCUCAUUCUUUAUGUAUUGUAUCUCAAUGUUUUGGUUGGGUAGGAGGGACAAGAUGCUUUUAGCUCCACAUUAUUUUCUCUGAGAAGGAAUACUGUUCUAGUGGUAGAUUUCUAUAAAAACACAUUUUUAAAAUAAAUAAAAAAAUAAAAACGUUUUAAAUUUUAAUUUUACAUGUGCCAACAACCUGUUUAUUAAAGUGAAAAAUAGAAACAUACUGUAAAAUAGUAAGACAUUGAUUUUCAUGUUAGCAUACUUUCAUGACCUUAAAAAAACAUAUGAAGAUCGAUUAUAAACCAGGAGUUUGUAGUUCAUAUAUGUUACAAAUAAACUAUUGUUCUUUUUUA